AUGGGCCACUGCCAUCUACAUCGUCACCAUCAACGCGACUCUGCGAGCGAUCUCGGCAAUCUCGCCGAUGGACUCCCAAAGUCGCUACUUGUCGAUGGUGGCGACAAGGUUCAAAGAGCCGAAACAUAUAUCCGUACCGUUUACAAGACAAUGACGCCCGACUUUACUGGCGAAAUCGGCGGCUAUUCAACCCAAGGCGAAGACAGUCCCAAGCAGACCGAGGAGUCUACUGCCGCCAACAACACGCCGGAAUCUCAGAUUCAAGACACGACGACCACCACUCAAAAUCCCACGUCGACAGCCACCGAGAUACCGAACGCAAUCACUGCCGCCGCGACCUCUAUCGGCUCGGUUCUCGCCCUAGCAGACCCAAUCCCAACGGCUCAAGAGACCAAAAUGGCAAACUCGUUCUCGCUGCCAGCACCCACAACCUCACCUUCUCUUGUGCCUUCCAGCAAAAACUCUUCCAGCAAGAGCUCUGCCGAUCAGGGUACUAGCCCUGCCGCAAAAGCGGGCAUAGCCAUUGGUGUUCUCGGUGGUGUCUUUCUUGUCGGUCUAAUUGCCUUUAUUGUCUUCAAGCGCCGCAAGAGACAGACCCAGAGCCAACGACUCAGUGGUGAUAACGAAAAGCUCAACCGGGCAAGCGACACUCUGGCUCGCAUGCCCAGCCACUCUGAUCCCAGGGCCCCUCGCAUCAGCCUCCGCCCUGUUACCCAGUUCCUGCCCAACUGGAACCUCGACAAGAAUGCUCAGCGUGGUGCCGCCAACCUCGCGCCAGCUGCUGCCAGUCAGAUCGAUCGCCCUGGCACCAGCCAUAGCAAUCACCCCAAUAACCCCUUCGGCAGCGGUGCCGAGCGCAUCAACAGUCCUGCCAACCCUGUUCAAGAUCCAUGGACAGCCAAUGGCCCUGCCAUCAACGUGACUGCUGCUGGUGCCGCUGCUGGUGCUGUUGGUGCCGCCGCCCUAACCAGAAAGACGUCUAUGCGUCAGCCGCAUCAGAACGGUGUUGAUCUCACUGUCCCUGGUACCCACGAAGGCGUCCCGCCCAGCCCUGCCGGUACCGAAUUCAGCACCUCUUCGAUGCCUGCCGGAGCCCCCAAUCCUCCUUCUCAGAGUGCAGCCGCCAUUGCUGCUGCUGGCGGCCCUCCUAGCUCUGCUGUCCAUCGCGUCCAGCUCGACUUCAAGCCCACUCUCGAGGACGAGAUGGAGCUCAACGCCGGUGAUUUGGUUCGUCUGCUUCACGAAUAUGAUGACGGCUGGGCUCUCUGCAUCCGUCUUGAUCGAUCUCAGCAGGGUGUCGUUCCCCGUACUUGCCUGUCUACUCGUCCAGUGAAGCCCCGUGCCCCCCCUGGCGCACCUCGACUUGGACCUCCCAUUAAUCCUCAGGGCGGUUAUCCUCGCGGAGGCCCUCCGCCUGGCCGCCCAAUGACUCCUCAGGGAAGGCCGAUGACUCCUCAGGGCCGACCUAUGACACCCCAAGGCCAGCGCCCUCCACAAGGCAUGGGCCCCAGACCAGGCGGCCCGAUGAGCCCUGGUGCCCGGCCCCAGUCCCCCGGUCCUCGCUAUCAAGGGCCUCCAGGCGAUCGUCCUCAGAGCCCCAACAGCAUGAACCCUCGGCCUAUGGGAGCUCCCGGCCGUAGCCCGAUGAACCCUACCCCAGCGUCCCCGAACCAAGCCCCGCAGAGAAAACCAGUUCCCGGUCAAGCAUACUGA